AAGAAUAGAGAAACGGAAAAGCAUAGAGAAUCCCUAAAUCCUUAACUUCUUCUUCUUCUCUCUGCAAAAAAUGUCAGAUUUUCACCGGAGAAGAAUCACGGCAUCGGACUUAAGCCGAGGCCGGAGCUCCAGGACCAGACGCACGGCGAAGCACCAAGUCUCUCGUCGUAUCUUCACUAAGAUUCGUUCAAAAUCUACUAAGAUACUCAAUCGAAGUUUCUCGGAGCCGAAUCUCCACCAAAGCAUCGCUUGUGAAGAUGAUGAUGAUCGACGUUGCUCUACGCCGGUGAUUGAUCUCCCGGCGGAGGAACCCGAGCCGAUCAUCUACCUCUCCAAGAUCCAUUUGGAGGUUUUUGCUUCAGCUCCGUCGUUAACUGGAUUCUCUUCGCCGUCGUCGUCGUCUUCUCCGAUUUACAAACAGGUUUACAAGAGAGAAGCAGCAAAAGUUGUGAUCAGUGUAUCAGUAGAAGGAAGUCCAGGACCAGUAAAGACUUUGGUUAGACUGAGUUGUAAUGUCGAAGAAACGAUGAAGAUGGUUGUGGACAAGUAUCGUAAAGAAGGACGAACACCGAAACUCGAUAAAGAUCUUGCCUUUGAGCUGCAUCAGUCUCACUUCAGCAUCCAAUGUUUGGAGAAAACCGAAGUAAUUGGUGAAAUAGGCAGUAGAAGCUUCUACAUGAGAAAGAGGGAACCGGAAAACCGGAUUUCGGUAAGGAGCAUUCAGUCGUCGAAUAUGAUCGAAUCGUUUAUCGCGCAGAAGAUUGGGAGAAUCGUGAGGAGGACAAAGAAGAUAUGGAACAUCUUGGUAUGUGUACAAUGAAAAUAAAAAACUGGUAUACACAUUGAGCGGCACAUAAUAUUUACUUGUGCUAGCUCGAAUUUGAUAGAAUAUUUAGUUAUACACUUACUUUGUUUAGAUUUGUUUACUUAAUAACUUACAUCACAAACAAUACCUAUACGCUAUAGUAUAGGUAUAUUUGUCAGUGUGCUCAAUUCUGAGUCGAGUUUCUUCGUUUUUAUAUGAAAUUCGAACUGUAAACAGAAUAUUGUUUCAUUAGUAGACUUCUGACAGAAAAACAUGUAAGUUUAGGUUUUGGGUUACUUUAGUUUGGGAGACCCACCCAACUUUGGUUGGGUAUUUACUUGUAUGUGUAAUGGUGAUCAUCUUUUUAGUUGGGUUUAUUACUCUGGUUU